AUGGCCGAAGAACCUGAAGAAGAGGAAAAUGUUACUGGACAAGACGGCUUCGAACUUGCCAGUGUAUUCAGUUUUUCUUUGAAUCAGCGCAUUAUUCCGUACUGCGCGACAUCUGCUAGGAUUGAGUCUGAUAGUAAAGAAACUCUGGUUGCUGUCAGUGCUUCUAACAAAGUUAUUCUAAGAAAUAACGAGAGCACUCUGCACAUUCCGGACAAGAUAAAAUGCAUCACUACUGCUCCUUUCGGUACUGGUUACGAUUAUAUCGUAGUUGGUACAGAAAGUCAAGUGCUAGUCUAUGAUUUCUGCAAAAAUUCCACCAUUUUCCGUCGAGAUGUUCCUGAUGGAGUGCAUUGUUUUACCGUCGGCAAACUGGGCGAAUUAGACCGCAUGAUUCUAUGUGGUGGAAAUUGUGCGAUUUGGGGAUUCGACGAGACUGGCCGAGACAUUUACUGGACUGUUACAGGGGAUUCGGUAACAACGAUGUGCCUUUGCGACUUCGAUGGUGACGGUGAAAUGGAGCUGAUCAUUGGGUCACCGGACAGUGAACUGCGCAUUUUCAAAAAUGAUCUGAUGAGGGCUGAACUCUUAGAAACGGAUGCUGUCAUAGUUCUCCAGGGUUUCGACAAAAAUCGCUUUGGAUAUGCACUGGCCAAUGGAACUGUUGGGAUGUACCAAAAGGAUCAAAGACUUUGGCGUAUCAAAUCGAAAAGCGUUAUCACUGCCAUUCUACCAUAUCCCAAUGAGGACACAGUCACAUGCGUCUGGAAUUCAGGGAAGAUCGAUGUUCGUUCCAUAAGCGAAAAUGGUGAGGUUGUUUGCCGAAACUCUUCUCUCACUGGACAAACCGUAAUCGCUGGUUUUACAUCGAAGAUGAACGACGAGAAAGAAGGAGAAUUUACCGUAGUUACGUCCGACGGAAAAGUGUACGGUUUCAACAAUUCUAAAGCAAAGGAGAUGGUGGAUAAGACGCAAGAGACUUUGCAUUUAUUUGGUCAGAAGAAGCACAAUUUAUUGAUUGAGCUUAGUAAUUUCGAGCAAGAAGAACAACUAAGUGAAGCUGAUAAAGAAAAAGAUUUCCGCAUCCCGAUUGGAACCACCGUGGAGUGCAAACUUUUUGUGUCGAAGAGCGAUCGAACCCUCUACCUUGUUCUGGAGGCCUCACACUCGGUAUGUAUACGUGGAGUCAUAGCAUUCGCCGAGGGACUGUUCGAGGGUGAAUCGUACAUCUGGAUUCCAAAGUUGAUCGAAGGGGCUGGCGAUCGAGUUCAAAUUCCCAUUGUCACAGAAAAGGAUAUGGCCAACGAGAUUCAUAUACGCACCUUUCUUGGGCCGCAGGAAUCGAAUAAACUGAGUGUCUUCGAAACAGCUCUAUCAAUUCCACGUUUUGCUCGAUUUUGUGUACUACAAACAGAGGACGCUUUUACAAUGCCAAAGUCUUAUGUGGAGACAACCUUCAAGAUACGAAAUCAGCGGAUCCUCGACUGGGUGAUGGACACCUUUUUGAUUGAUAUCGACUAUCCCAUCGAUCCAGAAGAAGAUAUGAUGGAAAUUCGAUUUCUUGGGCUGGCAUCAAAACGAGACCAACAGCUGUGCAUCAAGCAUUAUCAAUCUGAUGGCAAGACUUUAAUCUAUCACGAAUGUCUGGAAACUGUAGGGAACAUCAUACAAUCGCUGUGUGACUAUUUCGUGGUUGACAACCUGGAGUCCCAUGCAGAGUUCCCUGAGAAGUUCGCCGAAGUGGAAGAGAUUUGCAACGAGCUCGAUUCCAUGUAUGAUGUCCGCGACCGUUUGACUACCGAUUUAUCAGAGAAGCAAGCUUUGCUCAUGGAAGUUGUGGUCAGAGCAGAAGAUGCCAUAGUCAUCGAUGAUCUAGAUCUGGUCAGGAAAUACUACACACGCCUUCGUCAUCUGGAUCGUAGUGUUCGACAGGCAUUCCAUUUGCGAGCAAAUAAUCAUGAAAGAUUCGUUCAGUCAUUGAGAAGACUUCACAAAAUCAUAGAGCAAGCAGCUAAACUCAGAUGUGGGGAACCAAGUCGCAAGAUAGUUUCUGCUUGUCGUGAAGCAAUCGCCGACGACAAUAAGAGCAUUUUAGCGAAAUACUUGAAGUUUGGUGUUUGAAUGAAUGUCUAUAUCUGUAAGUCUAGG